AUGGCAUCAAGAUGGAAUCUUCGCGCCCGUAACCCCAGCCAACAAGCCCACAAUCAACCAGGGCAGGGCUCGGAUCUUCAUGAUGUUUUUCUCUCAGAGCCUGAGUCCAACAACGACCAGAAUGGCUUGUCGUCCUCAGACGAGCAUGCGCAGGGAGUUUCAGGCGGUAGCGAGCAAGAACAGUCCGACGAGGACCAGUUUGCUCAACGGAUACCGUCGCAUAACCCCGAGGACGAAUUCUCGUCGCCCCCUGGCUCUGAAUUCUCACCGGAGCCUGAAGGCUCCCAGGACGGCUCAGAAGAUCUUUUCGGUGCUGAAGAAGCGCUACAUCAGCUUGAGUUGAAGGAUUUGCCGGGGAAACCAUUUAAACGCUCAAAACUCAAGAGAACACGUUCCGAGACUAUUCACUCCAUCGACGAGCUGGACAUUGCUCCCCGCCCUUUCAAACGUGUCAAGGGUGCCAUCAACCACCAGUACAUUGGCAUGUUGAAUGCAGAUAUCCAGGACGCCUGCGACUUCCAUGUGCCGCACCUUUGGCCAGCACUUCCCGCAUCACAAAUCGGACUUACUUUCUGGGACCCGGAUGAGAAGCAUUUCUUUUUCGAAGCUCUCGGGCGCCUCGGCAAGCAUCGGCCUCAUCUCAUAGCCCAGCGUGUCGGCACCAAGAGUGAGAUGGAGGUGCGUCAAUACAUUGAACUCUUAGAACAGGGCAAGAUGCAGCGCAAGAGGGCCGGUCAGCUCGAGGUCUUGGCCGCACACGAGAUUCCUGCUGCGGUAGAACUAAGUCAGGAAUGCGUAGCAGCGUUGGAUCAUGCUGCAGACGCUAUCUCGCUUCGACAGGAAGCACAUGAAGAGACUUCGCAGCACAGACGUCGUCCCGACAGACCGUUUUUAAUUACUAGCGAGAACUGUAUAGACCUGGUUGAGGAGGCCGAGAUGGAGGCCGAUGAGGUUGAUCCUCUCUAUUUUUUCAAAGUCAGAAAUUGGCUCGACUUAUCGGCUUGCCUCUUUAUGAAUGCAGCUUACGAGGAGGGCAACUGGCAGAGCAUUUCGCACGAACCCCCAUCGAUUCGCCUGGAUACUCUAGGCGAUUUUUACUCUCUCGCCAGGGCCAUCACACGCAAACUUGUAGCUGAGGCCAUCUUCAAUGCAAAGGCAAGCAAUCGCGGCCGCGCCCGACGGGCCGGACAACUGACUGUGCGGCCCUCACACAUUCCUUCUCCGGCUCAGGUUGAAGUCAAGAAACAGCUUGCAGGCCGUGAGCUCUUUUUUGCAGCAUGUGCGCGGCGAUUACGACUGAUGGUUGUGGACGAUGACGAGGCAGACAUUGGACAGGAUGAGACCGGCCCCGAGGCCAUGUCCUAUGACGAAGUGGAGAGCAAGCUCUCGAGCAAACUUAGAGUUAAACAUGAGGGAAAGAAAGAUGAUACCGAAACAACAACCGAUACAUGCAGUUCUGAUGAUGAACUCCCGAAUUCUGACGUCAAUGAAGGAGACGCAACUCAAGAACCUAACGUUGCCGAUGAAGGUCCUUCACCAGCUGCGGAUCAUGCCAAUGGGGACCAGUGGGAUGAAUCUGACCACUCCAUCUCCUCUGUGGAUAUGGAAGACUCGGACGUGGAGGUGGAAAUCGAGGUGGAUGAAGUUUUGAUCCACUCGGCGUUGGGACUGCCGGCACAUACUAGGUCCAAGAAUGCCUUGCGCCUUCGAGUUCGCGCGGAGCUGGAGCGCGAGGAGUUGGCAAAUGCAGUGGAUAGUCGAGCCGGUUAUCUCGAGGAGAGACGUAUAUGGGACGAGGUCUUGGGUCGUAAACCCACCGUUGCUCUGCAAAAGAUUCCUGAAGUUACCCUCAGGCCCAAGACUGCCGCUGCCAUCCAACGUAGGAAGCUAGCAGUUGAGGAUCUCAUAACCUUGUGA